AUGGAUUCUUCAACGGAGAUCAACCAAAAAUCAGUUCGCGCUUUGAUGUUUCCGUGGUUGGGACACGGGCACAUCUCUCCGUUUCUCGAGUUAGCCAAAAAACUUGUCACGAGAAACUUCACCAUUUUCUUGUGCUCCACCCCCGCAAAUUUCAUUUCCAUCAAACAAAAGCUCAUUAACGAAAACUUAACCGAAAAAAUUCAACUCGUUGAGCUUCGACUUCCCUCUCUGCCUGAUCUUCCUCCUCAUUACCACACCACCAACGGCCUCCCACCUCAUCUCAUGUCCACACUCAAGAAGGCGUUCGCGAAGUCUCGUCCAAUUUUCACCCAAAUCCUCAAUACCAUCAAGCCCGAUUUACUUCUUUACGAUUUGCUUCAACCAUGGGCGCCAAAGGUAGCAGCGGAAAAAAAUAUCCCAUCAGUUCUUUUUGUCACGAGCAGCGCCACCAUGUUUUCCUACAUGUUUCACACUUUUAGGUACCCUCACUCUGAGUUUCCCUUCUCCUCUAUUUAUUAUCGCGAUUAUGAGUUCACACGUAUGCUCAAAAACCAAGAUUUGGAGCCUAUUGACCAACAACAAAAGGAUAACACUAGUGUUAAGUUGUGCUUCAAGAGGUCUUCUAACAUUGUGUUGAUCAAGGGUUUUAAGGAAAUUGAUGGUAAAUAUUGUGACUAUAUAUCUAGUUUAACCAAUAAGAAAAUCAUUCCGGUUGGUCCACUAGUUCAAGAACCUACAAGUGAAGAUGGAAACUCACAAAUCCUAACAUGGUUGAAUCAAAAACAAAAAGGGUCAACUAUUUUUGUUUCUUUUGGGAGUGAAUAUUUCUUGUCUCAAGAGGAUAGGGAUGAGAUUGCUCAUGGGCUAGAGCAAAGUAGGGUUAAUUUCAUUUGGGUUGUGAGGUUUCCGAAAGGUGAAAAACUCAAACUUGAACGAGCAUUGCCAUUAGGGUUUUUCAAGAAAGUUGGAGAAAGGGGGAUGGUGGUUGAAGAUUGGGCCCCACAAGCAAAAAUAUUAGGAAACCCUAAUAUCGGUGGAUUUAUGAGUCAUUGUGGAUGGAAUUCUGUUAUGGAAGGUAUGAAAAUUGGUGUGCCAAUAAUUGCUAUGCCAAUGCAUCUUGAUCAACCAUUGAAUGCUAGGCUUGUGGAAGAAGUAGGGGUUGGAUUGGAAGUUGUUAGGGACAAAGAUGGAAAACUUGAUAGAGAACAAAUAAGUCAAGUUAUUAAUAAGGUUGUUUUGGACAAAAGGGGAGAAUCCAUAAGGGCAAAUGCAAAGCAGAUGAGUGAAACAAUUAGAAUCAAAGGGGACGAAGAGAUUGGUGAUGUUGUUCAAGAAUUGGUCAACCUUUGCAAGAGAUCAAAUGUGGUCUAG